AUGGAACGUCUCAAGGUGAAGAGGACGUCGCGAAGGAGACAAGCUACGAGGCUUGUGGGAGAAGCCAAGACUGCACUGAGCAGCACUCCUAAUGAUCGGAAGACCGUCGAAAGCUUGUUGGAACGUCUACGCGUGAACCUUGAAGAGCUGAAAGAGAUCAAUUCCGAGUUUGAAGGUCAUCUCAAGGACGAUGAAUUAGAGGUGGAAUAUGAAAUGGCUCUGGAAUACGAAGAAAACUCUAUAAAGGAAAUGUCUAACCUACGUGUCGCCUUGCAAGAGCUCACCUCAGUGUCGACGCCUGCCACUCAGGUGGCCGCUCCAACGAAUGUGGCACUACUUGGGACUCAGUCUGCCGCUCACACGCCGUCGCUUCAGGGCAAUCACGCUGGGACCCGUCUGCCAAAACUUCAACUGAUGCGUUUCCGAGGUGACCUAUCGGAGUGGCUUCCCUUUUGGGAACAAUUCAAAGGAACCGUACAUAACAACAGUAACCUUUCACAACCAGAGAAGUUCUUCUACUUAAGGUCACUGUUGGAUGGAGCAGCUGCAGCCGCCAUAUCAGGUCUACAAGCUUCGGAGGUGUGCUACAACGAUGCCAUUGAGAUCUUGAUGGAAAGAUUUGGAGACAAGCGUCGCAUUGAAAGGCAGUACCUGACCAAACUGAGGACAUUGCCUCCAAUUAAAACUCACAAAGAUUUUCGAGGGCUUAGGAAGCUAUAUGAUCAAGUUCAAGCAAACGUGCGAGGUCUCAAAGCACUGGGUGUGGAAAGCAGCUCCUUUGCAGCAAUGCUGACAGAUACUAUCCUUUCAGCGUUGCCUACUGAAAUGGCCAUGGAAUAUUAUCGUACUGAGAAGAGAGGCCAGCAGCUUGGCACAGCAAGUUUGGAAGGCAAUGGAGACGAGACCAAUGCCGGAGUGAGUACCGCUGGAAGAGAGAUUGUUGGAACUACGGAGUUAGAUCGAAUUCUAAAGUUUCUCCUAAUUGAAAUCGAAAGCUUUGAGCACCUCAAGUUCAAUGGAUGUGCCUAUGACGACAACGAGAUGAGAGGACAUCAGAGGCAAGGUGAUCGACAGAAUUCAAACAAUGGUGGAUUCAAGACACGACCGGCAGCGUCAGUUCUCCACACCACUGCUCGGGAAAUGACCAACGAUUGCAUAUUUUGCAACACCUCGCGACACAUAACGGAGCUGUGCGACGCAGACAUCCCGCUGGCAGAGAAGAAAACUACUCUUGCAGCUCAAAAGCGAUGCUUCCGUUGUACGAAACAUGGACAUCAUGCAAGAAUGUGUAGGAAGAAAAUAACCUGCUCUGCAUGCGGAGGAAGGCACGUAAGGACGAUGUGCGAUCCUUUGUGGAAACCAAGUGAACAGACAAAAGUGAAAGAAGUCGUCAGUACUAGCAUGCACACGAGUGGGACUGGCGAAGAUGUGAAGACAGGUACUGUCGUCUUACUUCAAACGUUCAGGGCAUGGGCCGUAGCUGAAGGUCGCAGUCUAUAUCUCAGGGGAGUCAUUGACGGCGGUAGUCAACGAACCUUCGUGCGCCAAGAUAUUGCCAGAGAACUGAAUCUUCCUUCUGCCGGAGAAAUAGACGUCACGAUAAAUACUUUCGGGAACAGGACUUCCAGAAGUGAGAAGCAGCGUCGGCGUUUGGUCAAACUGUGCUUACGCAGUCAAUACGGAGGGGAAGUACAUGUCUUUGAAGCAAUCGAGGUACCAUUCAUUUGUGAAGAUCUUGUGACAUGCCCAGUGGAUAACGAGGACGUGCGUACUUUUCUUCUAAGUGAAGAGAAACUAGCCGAUGAGUGUCGCUUCUCAGGGGUACGGACAGAAGAUGGAAUUGGCGUGCUUUUAGGCUCUGAUCAAAUGUGGAAGAUCAUGACGAGGCAGGUGCGGCAAAGCAAUGUCCAGAAUAAUCUUGUUGCCAUCAACACUGCUCUGGGUUGGACUUUUCAAGGACCGGUAUCAGUUAGAUCUUCACUCAAGAACAAAGACAGCACUCUAGUUUGUGUGCUUCGCACUGAUGCCACUCACGAGGCGUCAUUACAGAUGUUCUGGGAAAUUGAGCAUCUGGGUAUUACGGACGGAAAUAGUAAUGAUGAAGGCGACGACAAAGUUCUUUGUCAAUUUAAGGAAACCGUACAGAAGGUUGGCGGAAGAUAUGCCGUCACUCUACCUUGGAAGAACGAUUUCGUCCUUAACGAUAAUUUGGAAGUAGCCGAGAGUCGGCUCAACGGACUCCUAAAAAAGCUAAAGAAAAAUGGUUUGAUGGCAGAGUACGACGCUGCGAUGAGGAAGUACGCAAGUGACGGACAUGCGGAGAAGGUACUCGUCGAGUCAGAGAACGGGAAACAACCUCAGCAAGUCUAUUACAUGCCGCAUCAAGCUGUGGUCAAACAGGAAUCAGAAACCACAAAGCUUCGUGUUGUCUUCGAUGGAUCCUCGCAUGCACCUACCGUAGCUUCACUGAACGAUUGCCUGGAAAAAGGACCCAGUCUGAAUACGGAUCUUCUGCCGGUCUUGAUACGUUUCCGAAUGUACCGUAUCGGUCUGGCAGCAGACAUUGAGAAAGCCUUUCUUCAGGUUGAGGUCCAAGAAAGGGACAGGGACGCUUUGAGAUUUCUGUGGUGUCAAGAUGGUCCUACGGAAGAUAUUUCUCAGAAUCCGGUGGAAGUAUGGAGAAUGAAACGUGUACCCUUCGGAACGACAGCGAGCCCCUUUCUUUUGGCGGCCACACUGAGACAUCACCUAGACAACGUCAAAGGGCAUUUCCAACGGACGGCACGGCACAUUGUCAAUAGUUUCUACGUGGACGACCUAUUGACGGGUUCAUCAACGGUGGAUGGAGCAAUAACGAUAUACAACGACGCUUCAUCUAUCCUUCAGGAAGCUGGUAUGAAUUUACGAAAAUGGAUUUCAAACGCAGAAGAGGUACGAAAACAGUUUGGUGAGCAAGACACCAACAGUAGACAAGAGAGGACCCUGAGUUGCAGGGAGGAUCGGAAAGUUCUCGGUAUACUGUGGGACACGUACGGUGAUACUCUCAAGGUAUCAGGCAAACGCAUGCUAGAGGAUGGCGUAGCGCUCAUUAGCAGUAAACGCGGAAUUCUGAGCGCAGCAGCGAAGCUGUUUGACCCUCUGGGCAUGCUCUCUCCGUUCAGCAUUCGAAUCAAAAUGCUGUUUCAACGUUUGUGGGAGGAGAAGCUUGAUUGGGACACGCCUUUGACCGGAAAUAUACAAGAGCUGUGGCAUACCUGGUGGUCGGAGCUGCCAAAGUUGGACAACAUCGCACUAAAUAGGUGUCUCGUUCCAGACGGAAAUUACAACUUCAAGUAUGAGCUUCACAUCUUCAGCGACGCUAGUCCUUAUGCAUACGGAGCCUGUUUGUAUUUAAGAGCCAUUGCAAAUGGAAGAACAGCGAAGGUCGGGUUUGUGUUUGCAAAGGCUCGGGUGGCGCCUUUGAAGGCCCUAACUUUACCACGACUAGAGCUUAUGGGCGCCCUGUUGGGAGUGAGGCUAUCAAAGAAAAUAACUGAAGCUUUGACGCGACUGAAAGAAGUGACCUGCGUAUACUGGACAGAUUCGUCAAUCACCCUUUGUUGGGUACGAGGUUCUCCGUUACGUUGGAAACAAUUUGUAAGAAAUAGAGUUAUUGAGAUCCAGGAAAAAAGCGACGUAUCAGCUUGGCGAUUUUGUCCUGGGAAAGAAAACCCAGCUGACCUAUUGACCAGGGGGGAGUCACUUGAAACGCUUGAGAAGUGUGACAUAUGGUGGAACGGACCAAAGUGGCUCGAACGGGACGAAGACGAAUGGCCUGCUCAAACGGUGCUUCCGGAAAUAAAGGACCUUACUGAUCAAGAGGAUGUGCACAAUGACGCCACUACGUUGCAAAGUUCUGUCAAUAUAGGAGUUCCCGCUGUACUGGACCUCGACCGAUUCAGCAGUUUGCGUAGAGCUCUCAAAGUGACAGCGUGGAUCAAACGGUUCGUCGACAAUAGCCGACCAGGUAACCCACGGGUCUUUGGGGCACUCUCAACAGAAGACAUUAGUUGGGCAGAGAACUAUUGGAUGAAACGAGCUCAAGAGGAAAGGUAUGGACUCGAGAAGCAAACCCUGAGUCUGGGAAAGGCGUUAGAGAAGAACUCGGCUGUAGUGAAGCUAGCACCUUUUCUUGACAACGAAGGAAUCAUGCGGAUCUCCGGACGUCUUCAUUUCUUGGAAAUCUCAGGAACAGUAAAGCACCCGAUUCUGCUUCCACCCGACCAUCGAUUUACGGUACUGACUGUGGAAUCAGUGCACCUGAGGGUUCUGCACGGAGGAGUGCAAGAUACCCUAACUGAACUUCGGGAGCGAUUUUGGAUUCCAAAAGGACGACAGAUUGUGAAAAAAGUAAUCUUUCACUGCAGGGGUUGUACCAGGUACCGCGCCAAAGCAGCGACAGCAAGAAUGGCUCCAUUACCACAGGAUCGAGUAGAAGCCGGUACGCCAUUUGAAGUCGUCGGGAUUGAUUUUGCCGGUCCUGUUUUCUUCAAAGGAGCAGUACGCGACGAAAAGUCCUACAUUUUGCUCAUCACAUGUGCGACAACUCGAGCCAUUCAUUUAGAGCUCGUAUCUAAAAUGUCCACAGAAUGCUUCCUGCUAGCCUUCUCCAGGUUCAUUGCUCGGCGAGGCAUACCUAAAGUGAUAUACACUGACAAUGCACUAACCUUCAAGAAGGCGUCGAAAGACAUAAAUAUUUUCUGCGACACUUUGCAAAGACAGCGUUUUCACGACUAUUGUACAGAGAAAAUGAUAACAUGGAAGUUUAUCAUGACAUAUGCUCCAUGGUGGGGAGGGUUCUGGGAACGUUUGGUAAAAACAGUGAAAGGGACCCUCCGGAAGACACUGGGCCGUAACAGAUGUGGGUUUGAAGAACUGACUACAAUCUUACAGCAAGUUGAAGCAGUUGUAAAUUCAAGGCCACUUACCUAUCUUGGUGACUGCCCAGAAGACCUUUCCCCUCUAACUCCCGCACAUUUCCUGACGGGAAAGAGACUCACGUGUUUGCCAAUGGCUCCUAUACCAACGCCGCGAUCAACGAGUGCACAAGUUAAAGCUAACUGGAUAAAGCACGAGAGAGCUAUUGACAGCUUCUGGAAGAGGUGGCUGAAAGAGUACUUGCUACAACUUCGUUCAGCUCAUAGUUGGAGUGUACAUAAGUCUUUGCCAGUGAAGGAGGGCGAUGUGGUGUUGAUCAGCGAAGAAAAGGUUCCUCGACACAUGUGGAAGAUGGGAAGAGUUGCUACUGUGUUUUGGGGGCGGGACAAGGUGGUGCGGGCCUGCGCAGUGAAGCUGCCAGACAAAACAGUACUGCGACGACCGGUGCAGCUUCUGUAUCCUCUCGAAAUGGUGUAA